GGCCUCGGCUGCCGGGGCCGCGCCGCCCCUCGCCUCCGUCCCGGGCAGAGCCGCAGGCUGCCGCUUCCCGCUGCGUCGCUCCUGGACUGCAGCUUCCUGGCGGCCAGGGCAACAAGCAGCGGCAUCUUGGAGCGUCUUCUUUCCCGAGUGCCCCUUCAUCUCUCCCAGCCCGCUCCUCUCUCGUACCUGCAGCCUUCCUUUCUUUCUCUCUCCACUCCUACCUUAUCUCUGCUUGUCUCCCCCUUCUCUUACCAUUUUCUGGUUUUAAGGGAUUUUUUGAUUUCCUUUUCUUUCUUCUUCUCCCAUUCUGUCCCUUUCUGGACCAUCUUCGUUUAGUACCUCUUAAUUUCUUGAUUUCUUCUGAUUUUUUUCCCUUGGACUUUGCCUUGUCAUGUCAAGAUGGAAGUCAGGCAUGACUGGCUCUCCUCAUCCCCCCAUGAGGGCUUCGAGCAGAUGAGGCUGAAGAGCAGACCCAGGGAGCCUUCCCCAAGCCUCACCAGAGUAGGUGCGAACUUCUACAGCACUGUCAAGCAGCAGGACUACAGUGCCAGUGUCUGGCUGAGGAGGAAAGACAAACUGGAGCACUCCCAGCAAAGAUGCAUUGUGAUCUUUGCACUGGUAUGCUGCUUUGCAAUUCUGGUUGCACUGAUAUUUUCGGCAGUGGAUAUUAUGGGAGAAGAUGAGGAUGGACUCUCAGAAAAGAACUGUCAAAAUAACUGUCGGGUUGCUCUCGUGGAAAAUAUUCCUGAAGGGAUCAACUAUUCAGACAGUGCACCAUCCCAUUUGUCUCUUUUCCAAGGCUGGAUGAAUUUGCUUAAUAUGGCUGAAAAGUCUGUUGACAUAGUAUCUUCCCAGUGGGACCUCAAUCACAGUCAUCCAUCAGCAUGCCAGGGUCAACGUCUUUUUGAAAAACUGCUUGAACUGGCGUCUCGAAAUAUUGAGAUAAAACUAGUGAGCGAUAAACUGCCCAUGGAAUCAAAGGUAUUAAACGACUUGAAAACAAAGGGUGCUGAAGUGUUGUAUAUGAACAUGUCAGCAUAUAAUGAAGGUCGGCUUCAGUCAUCGUUCUGGAUUGUUGAUAAGCAGCACGUAUACAUUGGAAGUGCCAGCCUGGACUGGAGAUCACUGGGACAGAUGAAGGAACUUGGCGUCAUCGUAUACAACUGUAGCUGCCUGGUCCUGGAUUUACAAAGGAUUUUUGCCCUGUAUAGCUCAUUAAGGUAUAAGAAUAAAAUACCUCCGAGUUGGUCUAAGAGACUCUAUGGAGUGUACGAUACUCAAAAUAAACUGACACUGCAGCUGAACGAGACAAAAUCAGAAGCUUUUGUGUCGAACUCACCCAAACUCUUCUGCCCCAAGGACCGAGUCCUGGAUAUCGAAGCUAUCUACAGCGUUAUUGACGAUGCCAAACAGUUUGUGUACAUUGCUGUCAUGGACUACUUGCCCAUUGUCAUCGACACCAACGCUAAACGGUACUGGCCGUAUUUAGAUGGGAAGAUAAGAGAAGCAUUAGUUUUACGAAGUAUUAAAGUACGACUUCUCAUAAGUUUCUCGAGAGACACAGAUCCCCUUACUUUUAACUUUGUUUCAUCUCUGAAAGCUAUUUGCACCGAAGUUCCAAGCUGUAGUUUGAAAGUUAAAUUCUUUGACCUUGAGGAAGAGAGUGCCUGCUUUCUUAAAGAACAGAAGAACACUUCCCUUCCCAAACUGAAUCGUAACAAAUACAUGGUGACUGAUGGAGCUGCGUAUAUUGGUAAUUUUGAUUGGGUAGGAAAUGCUUUUACGCAGAAUGCUGGAGCUGGCCUUGUUAUCAACCAAGCAGACGCGGGGAACAGCACAAGCAUCAUUAAGCAACUCAAGGCUGUUUUUGAAAGGGACUGGUAUUCACAUUAUGCCAAAAGUUUACAACCAACAAAAAUCCCAAACUGCUUUAACCACAAACUCAAUAAAGGAACUUCAAAUAAGACUUCCAUGAGCAAUGUGAAUUAGAAAGACUAUUUUACUGUUUAGUAUGGCAAUGAAGAAUUAUGUUGGGGUGUAGCCUUCUUUCAUAUUUACAGACAAAAGACUUAAAGAAAA